AACAGCCCUUCCGUCACAAUUCGAAACUUUUAAUUGAUACCACUGAAGCUCAUCAAGCUAAGUUAGUGAAUUCGUCAACAUAUAAAACCUUGUUUAAUUAAACAAUGAUAGAUAUAUGACAUUUAAGAUUUAUCUUGGACUGAUAACGUGACUCAUCACAUGACUCAAAAUCGGCCCGUUAUCGUUAUGAAAAAUUGAGCUAGUUACGUCAAAACAAAAGAAAAACCGAUAAAUGCAAAAAUUGUAUCUAAUCAAAAAAAGGAAAAAAAAAUUACGAAGAAAUCAGAGAAGAGGAUAAACUAUUCCUUAUCAGCAGUUCAAUGAGUGAAAUAAAGGAGACUACCAAGACUGUUGUGGUUGAACAAGUGGCGGCACAGAAACAUGCUGGAGGUAAGAGGAGUAGUCUUGAAAAAGUAUCCACUCUUGGAGGGUUUGUUGCUGGUGGGAUAGCAGCUUGUGGAGCUGUUACUUUUACUAAUCCAAUUGAAUUGGUGAAGACUAGAAUGCAAUUACAAGGUGAAUUGCAUAAGAAGGCUUCUAGUGAAGUGUUAUUAUAUAAGAAUCCAUUCCAAGCGUUUGGUCUUAUCUAUAAAAAUGAAGGUAUACGAGGUUUACAACAAGGUUUACUUUGUGGUUAUUUCUAUCAAAUGGGAUUGAAUGGUUGUAGACUUGGAUUAUAUGAACCAAGUAGAUACCUUUUAACUAGUAUAUUCCUGCCUUCUAGUCUUACUGAAGGUGGAAGAGUUCCUCAAAAUUUAUUUAUCAAUGUUUCUUCAGGUUUUAUUUCAGGAUCGGCCGGUGCUAUUCUUGGAUCUCCAUUUUUCUUAAUUAAAACAAGAAUGCAAUCUUAUUCCAAAGCAGGAUCAGAAGCUGCUCAUCAUGUCGGUCAACAAACCUAUUAUAAGGGGGUUUGGGAUGGUUUAAGUAAAGUUUAUAAAGCUGAAGGUAUUAAGGGUUUAUAUAGAGGGGUCGAUGCUGCUGUAUUAAGAACAGGAGCUGGAUCAUCAGCUCAACUUCCAGUAUAUACUUACACCAAGAACUUCCUUUUAAAGAAUAAUAUUGCCGAAGAUAAUUCAUUAAAAAUGCAUUUCAUAUCAUCUUCAACUGCUGGUUUAGGAGUAGCUAUAGUAAUGAAUCCAUGGGAUGUUAUUCUUACUCGUUUAUAUAAUCAAAAGGGUAAUUUAUAUAAAGGUCCAAUCGAUUGUUUCCAAAAGACUAUCAGAACAGAAGGUCCUGCUGCAUUAUAUAAAGGUUUCUGGGCUCAAUUAUUUAGAAUUGGACCUCAUUCUAUUUUAACAUUAAUGUUCAUGGAACAAUGUAUGAAAGUCAUGGUUCAAGUUGAACUGAAAUUAAGAGCAUAGAUCUAUUUAUUAGAAACUAUUUUUAUAGAGCCCCUUUUUAUACAAUAUGAUAUAAUGAAAUGUAAUUUAGAUAUUAACUAAACUUUCC